AUGUGGAACUUGUUCUUUAUCCCUUGCCUUGUCGCCGCUCCAUGUCAUCCAUAUUUCAACGAGAUAGACUUGGCUCGCCCCACAUCCUACGAAGAAAGCCCUCCGGACCUAGACGAUCCCGAACUCACCUUUAGCCUUGAAGAUGCUCCGGAAAGUAGUGAAGGUGACUUAAGGCACUAUAGUUUAGCAAAACGAUAUGAAGAUUUCGACUGGAACAAUGCUGUAUAUUCUUCCAUUAAAAGUUUCUACGACGAAAUGAAGCAAGCAUUAGAUGCCCAGCUCGUGAAUAAGCCUCAUGAAUUCAAUAGUAUUGAUCUACUAGCAUUGGAUAAGCACAUUAUACUGGAUGUGAUUGAAUUCAACGGAGAUUUCGAAAACGGAUUUGUUGACUAUGUACCGACAAAUGCAAACUUCUUCAGUAGAGGAUGCCCCAGCUAUUUCAUUAUGGAAGGCGACAUACUUGAUCCAAAUCUUCAUCAACAGCAAAUUUUGGAUUCCAUUGAAGUACUUACAAGGGAAGGAAGAGAACAUUCAGAUAGUUUGUCGUUUUAUCGAACGCUGUUACAGCACGGUAAGGAUCUGCAUGUCCCGGAUGACAUCCAGCAGGCCAUAAAAUGCGUUCUCAUCCUCCCAGCAAGCAACGCCGACCCCGAGCGCAGUUUCUCUGCUGCUAACAGGCUCUCUAGAGAGGAAAGGAGUAACAUAAAGACGGAAUCUUUAGACAAUAUCAUGACGGUGCAGCGUAAUGGGCCUAGCAUCCUAACAGUCAAACUUCAACAGUUAGCACUCCAAUGGAUGCAUCCUGCACCGGGACUUGGGCUGGAUCCGGGUAUGCCAUCGAAUCUAGCUAGAGAAGGCAGCCUCAUGAAAGCAGUAAAAGAAAACAUUGCAAAAGGAGAUGCAUAUGAGUUGGCCAAGCUCCAUGUAAGGCGCCACAUGGUGGUUCACGGUCUAAAUGCACGAAAGGACACGGAGGAAAUUAAAAACCGGCUUUUGCAAGAAGGACUUGCUAAGAUGAACAUUUUUUCAAUCGGAUCUUCUGAGAAAACAGACUGA